GCCAGGCCGCAGCCGCGGAAGUAUAAGUAAGCUUAAUCGCAACUCUUUUGAGAUGGUGGGAGGAAAAGAAAUUAGACUCGAUAACGCACACAUUGUCAUUCGCUACAUUCCAUCCACCAACCAGUCAUUAUGAAGUUCAUCCUUCUUCUCGCCUCCGCCGGAGCCGCUAUGGCUUUCGUCGAGUGCCGUACGCCCUCAAAUGCUGAGCUGUUCAACAACUGUCAGACUCAAGCACAGCGAGAUGGUUGCAAAGGCCAGUGCAUCAAGCACUGCUCUGACACAACUGCCAACCUGGCUGUUUGCAUCAACAAGGCAAACAAUGACUUUGACUGCGUCUGCGCAACCCAGGCUGGCAGAGGUCCCGGAUUCAACUAAGAUAAUAGAUGAGGGGUCGCAUAUCCGUAGUAGCGUGUAUCGAGCACUGUGUGCCCUGCAUUUAAGUCGAAAUAAAAUACUAGCCUUGGAAAAGCCACCUUGCUUCCCCAUAACCCAUUUUGCACUCAAGUCCAUCAUUAAAAGGACUUCAGGCGACAACCGAUUUUGGAGAGAGAUGCGUUUUCUUUGUCCCCUUGGAACUUACAUAUUCCUGAGCCUAACUCAAUAACACCAGCGUAACGCCUUCCUCUCCACAGCCCAACCCCCCUUGAAUACCCUUUAUUUCAAGUCUCUAGGCCGCGUCUUUACGUCAAAGUCGCUGCAUGCGAUCAGUGACCACUCCUCUAUAUGCG